AUGUCAGAAAAUUUCCAAAGUUCACCUUUCUUUGGGACAGAAAGAACUCUGUACCCUUCUCUGCCUCUACUGAGCAACUCCGGACAGCCUGCAGGAACGGUGUGCAACUUUUCCGGGGUCUCCACCCCAGAUGUGAGUUCAGCAUGGCUUCUACCAUCAGCAUCCAGCACUUCUCUCCAGCCACUCAUGGGUAAUGCCUAUCUUAACCCAGAUGCUGGCACAACCAUGCUGACAGUGCUAACAGAGCAGGGCCAGAUUUCCACCUCAGCACCCUCCUAUCCAGGUCCUCUCUAGUGGGAUUACACUGGAAGCACUCAUGGGAGGGAAGAUGCACUCCAGGAAUUCAAUAUGACCCUCACUGACCAGGAUACUACACUUUCCUCCCUGGCUGUGACAAACCAGUGUGAUAAAAUUUUAGAUCCCAAUGGCAUAGUUCCUCUUCAUCCAACACUGCCUGCCAGCUUUGUCCAGGUCACACCACCACAGAUGCCAAAUCAAGGAUACAGCCUGGCACCUUCCUACCAGGAAGGCAGCCAGUUCUAUUACUAUGAGCACAACAACCUGGGCCCUCUGAUAGCCAGAGAAUUUGGGCAGUGUUUGCAGGCCCACGACUCCGUGUCCUACCCUGGGAGUCAGACUUCUGUGCUCCAACCAGAGAUGGUGAUGGUGCUAAAGGAGAUUCAGCCAAUGAAUAUCCAAAUACCACUUUUUACCUCUGCCUUCUCCUAUUACACAUCUGCUCAAUCCAUGCCAGACAAUGGUCUUCCCGUGGUUCAAAUGGAGACAUCCCUGGGAUUGCCACCUUCAGGCCAGACACACUGUCUGCUGCAGAGUCCAGAACUCUGCAACACCUGUGUCCAGGUUUCCCAGAUAAGGCCAUCAGCUGUCAAUGGGGACAGGGCAUUAACAGCCCUCAUCCACAGUCCUUCAGAGUUCCUGGCCUUGCCUCCAGCUCCAAGCCUGGAACAACCGGAGAACAAAACCAUGCCUGAGACAAANGAGGGCACAAAAGAAAACCAAGACACGCCAAUCCUGACUUUGGAACACGCUGACUUGCAGCAGCCUCUGCACUGCACUGAGACUGAGAGCCUCAGGCAGAAGCCUGAUUCUGAUAACGCCCAUUUGGGAUGCAUCAGCAUGGGUCCUAAAGAGCUUGUGGGGCUAGAGAAUGAGAUUGGAUCCAGCUUUGACUUUAAAGACAUCACUAGGUUUGGGGCAGACAUUCAACUUCCCCAACUCCUAAACACCCUCACAGACAUAGACCAAGGUCAGUCCUGUGAAAACUGGAGAGUCACCAAUGUCCCCUCUGACCAGGUGAGGAAGAACAAACAUAAAUCCUUUGAGUUGCUUGAGGGGGCUCCUCAGGCCAAAAUCCAGUACCAGGACCUGGUGGAGGGAGAGGGGGCUGUGGGUGUUGCUGGGGCCAGUGACAGGGCUAUUGACAACAUGGCAAAGCACCCAGAAGGCAAAGCUCCCAAAGGGCCCCCCAGCAAGAGCAAAAGAGGUAGAAAACAGGGGCAAGAAAGACCAAGUGGACCAGAGAACAAAUCCAAGAAACCAGAGGAGCUUAAGCAGUCAAGGAAGAGAGUCAAAGCAGAAAAGGAGCCCACCAUCCCCAAGACCAACAGGAAGAGGAACCCACCUGAGCUCAGUCAAAACAGCUUCAAGAAGCCUCGAACCAACCUUGCAAUGCACAUGCUGGAGUCCGUGCAGGUCUUCCACCCACUGGGGAAGAAGAGUGAGAAGAAAUCUGGCAUCUCUUCCUUCAGAGGUCUGCAAACCUUCACCAGCAACAAAGAUCCAGGUCCAGGCUCAGUUACUACAACAGUGUUAAACAUGCCAUGUGAGGGCCAGCAUCCUCCCAAAAGCCCAGGNAAGGUNCAGNGANCAGAGAGCAGUGUUAACAAAGAUUGUCUAUCUCCAUCCCAGUGUGAGCUGCCCCCAGCUGGGAAGGUCAAGUUAGUUCCUCUGCCUUUUCCAACUCUCGACAAGCCUCAAUCCAGACCUGCUUCUAGAAAGCCCCUUUCCCUGGUUGUACACAGGCCCACUACAGUUUACCCUGUGCAGCAUCACUCUCACUCAGCUCAACCUACCACACUCAGGCCAGACCAACCACCUCCUGUGAACACAUCUUUGAUAGGCUCUGCCAAGUCAGCUCCUGCAAUUUCCUCCAGUGCCACUAGACCUAAUGUAACCAACCCCAACCAGUCUAGUGCUGUGCCCCAGUUGGCCACCUCGAGGCCUGUACCCUCCAGAGCAUCAUCUCACACAUCAUUCCAGAGAGAGCUUGUUUCUGCUGCCAGGAACAAGGUACCACCAUCUCCCAAACCUCAAACCCAAUAUCUGCUGCAUGACUUCAGCCGCCAACCCAUUCCAUGGAAGAAAGUCGACAUUCUGAGACCAGUUGUCUCACAACCCAUCACAAAAGAGCAGAGGCCAGAGAGGGAGGCCAUGAAGCGGCAAUCCCCACAAGAACGUGAGAAUGCUGUCCAGAACCCCUCUACUGGGAAACUGCAGAUUUUCCUUCAGAGGGAGAGGGAUAUGGAAAUUUCUCAAUAUUAUGCCUAUGCAAUGUAA